AUGUCCACCCCCCUCUUCACAGUCCCCAUCCCCCCCCUCGGCUCCCACCCCGGCGGCUCCAUCACCCUCACCGAGCCCCAACCCGCCGUCUACCUCCUCACCCUCGUCUCCCCGCCAGACAACCGCCUCACGACCGCCGUCUGCAAGGCCCUCCUGGCCGCCCUCGACCUCCUCGAGUUCGGCGGCCACCCGCCCGGCGUCCUCGUCACCACCAGCGGCAUCCCCAAGUUCUACAGCAACGGCCUCGAUCUGCAGCAUGCCAUUGACACGCCCGGCUUCUGGGCCCUGUUUUACUCUGUCUGGCACCGCUUUCUAACCUUCCCCAUGCCCACCAUCGCCCUCCUCAACGGCCACACCUACGCCGGCGGCCUCAUGCUCGCCAUGUCCCACGACUACCGCCUGGCCCCUUCCCCGCGCGGCUUCCUCUGCCUCAACGAGGUCCUCUUCGGCGCCGCCCUGCAGCCCCCGAUGGCGUCCCUCUUCCGGGCCAAGCUGCCGUCCAACGCAAUCUUUCGCAAGGUCGCCCUCGAGGGCCACCGCUUCACGGGCGAGGAGGCCGUUGCGGAUGGUCUCGCGGAUGGGCUCGCGCCGAACGGGGUGGACAGCGUGCUGGAGUUUGUGAAGGAGCGGGAUCUGAUUGAGAAGCCCAAGAAGGGCGUGUAUGGGACCAUCAAGGGCGAGAUGUACAAGGAUUUGAUUCGGGAGCUGAGGGGCGCUGGCUUGGAGGCCGAGGAUGAGAGGUUCAAGAAUGAGAUGAGGAGGGAGGCGGAGAGGAAGGAGUUUGGAAAGGUGUGGGUUGAGCAGUGGCGGAAGGAGAACAAGGCCAAGCUGUGA